AUCAAAUCCGUGCCAAGGUUUUAUUAUGGAGAGAGUAUUCCGUAGCUCUGAAAAACAUGAUUUUUUUCUUAAAGAAAGGAAAAACGUAAUAAAUUAUAAGUAAAUAAAUAUGGAGUUAUUUUACCCCGCAAAAAGCCUUAAACCCUGGGAUUUCUACACUAAUCGCUUCCAAUUCCAUCGCUUUUCUGUUCUUCCAUCCUCGUCGUGCCGACUCCUCCUGUCCUCCACACCACAUGGCAGCGUAAGCGAGUAGCUCCCUCCCCCAUGGCGUACUGCGAAGCCGGUGGCCCCGUCGGGAGAUCACCGCCGUCGGGGAGCGGCGGCGGCGGGAGGAGGAAGACUCUCGCGGAGGUGAUGGCCACGAGGACGCCGCGGCCGGCGUCGAUCCGCCCGGAGGCGACGCGGGCCGCCGAGGCCGCCGCGCGCGAGGUGCUGCUGCGGGUGGCGCCCACGGAGGAGGCGGAGCGGCGCCGGCAGGACGUCGUCGGCUACCUCAGGCGGCUCCUCGGCACGGCGCUCGGCUGCGAGGUCAUUGCAUUUGGGUCAGUUCCACUGAAGAGCUAUCUCCCAGAUGGUGAUGUUGAUAUAACCGUACUUGGGAACACCGCUCUGGACGGCGCUUGCAUUAGCGAUGUUCACAGUAUACUCGAGUCAGAGGAGCAGGAUAGUGGUGCAGAACUUGAAAUAAAGGGUUUACAUUUCAUCGAUGCUGAGGUAAAGCUAAUUAAAUGUGUUAUUGAGAAUAUUGUUGUUGACAUCUCGUUCAACCAAAUUGGUGGGGUGUCCACACUCUGUUUUCUUGAGCUGGCUGACCGUAAAGUUGGGAAAAAUCAUCUGUUCAAGAGGAGCAUUAUGCUAAUCAAGGCUUGGUGUUAUCAUGAAAGCCGCAUACUGGGAGCUCAUCAUGGACUAUUAUCUACUUAUGCCUUGGAAACACUUGUUCUUUACAUAUUCAAUAUAUUUCACAAAUCUCUGCAUGGCCCCUUGGAGGCCUUGUAUAAGUUUUUGGAAUAUUUUAGCAAGUUUGACUGGGACAAGUAUUGCAUAAGUUUAAAUGGUCCUGUUCUUUUGUCAUCCUUACCCAGUCCUGCUGUUGAACCUUCAAGCAUACAAGAUGAACUACUGUUUGGCAAGAAGACUCUUCCGGAAGUUUCUGAUGGAUCAAACAUAAAUUUUUGCCUGAAGCAUCUAAACAUAAUCGAUCCAUUGAAGUGGAGUAAUAAUCUUGGUAGAAGCGUCAGCAGAGGAAGCUUUUAUCGCAUAAGAGGUGCUUUAUCGUUUGGUGCGCAAAAGCUUGGUCAAAUUCUCAUGUUACAUUCUGACCUUAUUCCUACUGAGAUCUUUGGAUUUUUUGCAAACACCUUGAAGAGACAUGGAAGAGGAGAAAGAUCAGACGUCGGUAAUAAUGAUUCAAUCGAAUCGUUGCUUGAUCCUGAAUAUGCACUUGGGAAAGAUGCACCAGACUUCACAAAUUCCGACAGGAAUCAAGAUGAAAACAGGAAUCCAAAUCUGCAGACAACUUCAUAUAGAUAUUUUCAUGGUGAUGCUAAAGAUCAUCCUUGGAAUAAAAUCUGGUUAACAAAUUUUGAUAUUCAGUAUUACAACAUGGUUUCAGGAGCUAGUUUAAUGAGCCACUCAACAUCUUCCACAGAGAAUGGCAACCACAACAUUAAACAGCGCUGUAGUAGAUCACUUAUGGAGCAACAGAUUUAUGCAAGCAACCAACCACAUAUAUUGACUCCAUCUACUCAUAAAAAUACUUUGGACGUUAUCAACUCUUGCAGAGCUGAGUUAAAUAGGAGUGACCUCCAUGAAGAAAAAGUAAUACUUUCUCCUUUCUCACCAUCAAAUUUGUUGGAUCUAUCAGGGGAUCUGGAUUUGCACUUGAGAUGCCUUCAGAAAAUUCAGUACCACCUGGAGUCCAUGUUUGAUGGGUUGGUGCAGCUGAUUCAGGAAGCAUUUUUGUCUGGGCUGCUAGAUGAGGACUCCUUCAAGAUUCCAACCAGAAGCUUCUCAAAUAGUACUGAUGAACGGCCUACAGGGCUAUUGCCAGUUGCAUCUGUUGAUACCGGGACAAGGAACUUAUGUCCAGUUUCCUACUUUCCUAGCACAGGAGAUGUUUCUCAUAAAUCACACACUGAGGAUCAAGUCAAUGCAGUUUGUCAGAAGAAUGUGGUGUUGUCCUCGGGAACAUGUAUUAUAUCCAACGGGUUUGCAUCUUCUCCUUCUCCUCCUGCUGAUUUAGAGAGUUAUCCUGUUUCUUGGUUUCAUAACACACAGGAAAUUAUGGCUCACGGAACUGGCAUGCAAACUCUCAAAAAUGUGUCAUUGCUUCCUGGAACAGAUGUACUAUCAAAUGUAGUCGGACAACUUCCAUUUCUUGCAGCUGAUUCAGAGAACUAUAGCUUUUCUCGGUCUCAUAACACAAGAGAAAAACGUGUGAUGCGUGGAACUGGCACAUUCCUUCCCAGAAUGAGUUAUUAUACAUACAAGGAACGCAUAUUAUCUGAAAAAGGAAGAAGGGAAAGAGAAAGAUUACCAGAUCGACCAUGGAAGAUUAAAACCAACCCAACUGGCUACCUUCACCAGCACACCUCUCCUGAAGUGGGAUGUUCUGGUGCAAGCACUGGGGGUAUUACGAUUGACCAAAACAGUUCACAACAGGAUUACUCAAGAAGUUCAGUUCCAGCUGAAGGAGGGGUUUUUCAGAAGAGAGCAUUAAUAAAUCAUGUAAGCGAACAAAUUCAGACCAGCCUGCCAUGGGAUGUUCAUAACAAUCAACAUGGGUAUGUUUACUCGGACAUGAACAUGGUUGACAACCAAAAUCCUGGUACUACUAGUGAAGGCCUUGUCGGACAUAACAGUGAAUCAAGAGAGCUACCGAUACACCAUCCACCAGAAGUUCAAUUCAGCGAAACAAUGGCAUCAUCACCUUGUAUAUUGCUGCCUCAUUGCAUCGGCAAUGGUCAAGGAAAUUUACUCCAAGAAUCCAAUACUUGUCAGCCCUUCCCACCAGCAACAGAUGUUUUUCACUCAAUCAAAACAAAACAAGAUGAAAAUCUUGAGGUUGAAUCUUUCAGACCUAUCCCAUUUAGUUCCCCCUGUGCAAAGUUCGGAGAAGCAUUCCCUCUGCCUACUAGCAAGGGGCCUGCUGAAACCGAAAGCAGACCAGAUGGACUCUACCAGCUGAGAGAUGAAGCUGACUUCCCUCCACUCCAGACUCGUUCUUGCUGAGACUUGCAAUGGAUUUAAUCCUAGAGUUGGAAGAUAGAGGAAGCUUACUGGCUGAGAAAUAGGUGCUUCAGGAGGAACCUGAUAUCAUAUGAAGUUUGGAUGUUACCGCCCUCAGUUUGGAGUACUUCUUUAGGUGUGUUCACUCCCGGUAGAAUCUUUAGUAAAAAAGAACUAGUUCACCUGCAGCUUAUAUAACCCAAAAAAAGGAAAGAAAAACAAAAAUGCUAAAUAAAAAGAGGAUUCCAUGGACCCUAUCAAAUUUUAAUAGAAGACAAAAGAAGCAGUGUAUAGGUGCAACACCCUUUUGCUGUGCUUUAUGUUGAUGCACCCUUUGCAGUUUGCAUGGUGAAUUUGUUUAAAGUAAAGUUUUUUCCUGUAAUAGCUUAUUCAUUGGGGGUGAACGCAUGGUUGUAUACAACUUAAUACGGCAUCAGCACCUAUAUGUGGCCCUUGUACUUCA